UUUGACAUAGGAAUUGACAUAAAUAGUAGUGAAUUGUAAAAAAAUCGUCUUGGGCGAGAACGUUUUUAGUGGUAUUGUUUUGAGGAGUUUGUUGAAGCGUUUAUUCAUAUAGUAUCAGAAUGUCAUUCGAUUCAAUUCCGAAAGAUCUCCGCGGGUUACGUGCCUGUUUAGUAUGUUCUCUCGUAAAGACGUUCGACCAAUUUGAAUACGACGGUUGUGAGAACUGUGAAGACUUCCUCCGGAUGAAGAAUAACAAGGACCAGGUAUACGACUGUACCAGCAACAAUUUUGACGGGUUAAUCGCUGUUAUGAGUCCAGAUGAUAGUUGGGUGUGUAAAUGGCAGAGAAUUAAUCGUUUCACUAAGGGAAUCUAUGCAAUCUCGGUAUCUGGGCGAUUACCCAACGGCAUUAUUAGGGAUAUGAAGAACAGAGGUAUACCUUACCGACCAAGGGACACAAGUCAACGAUAACCUGCACUGUGUAAUUUAAGUCAUAUUUCGGAAUUUCUUGGCGCUGUACUGCUUAUUUAAUUACUACAUGUCCUUGCAACGUUCAACUGAUUGAAACUCAUUCAAUUAAACCUUGUGACCUCUAAUAAAAUUGGCUUUAUUAUUCGCAA